AUGACCAACAAUAACAACUCCUUGAUUAGUAAUGUAAAUAACAACAAUAUCAACAACAAGCCUAACCAACCUCCAUCAAACCUGUUUGAGGAAUCAUCGGUCGGGAAUGAUCCCAUGAUGAUGAUGAGGAUGCAACAACGUCAUCCAAGCUCUCCACCUCAUCUAACAAGCCUCAACUAUUCCAAUAACAACAGCAACGGAUCUCUCAACCCAACAACAACCACGAAUCAUUUAAUCCCAAGUGCUCCUUCUGACUUUCCUCAAAUUCAACACGUUGUAGUUCCAAUUUCCCGAGUGCCUCCUUCUUCAUCCAUAGUUGCAACAACGUUGCCAAGUUCCAAUAGCAUGUUGCUUCCUCAAAAGAAGCGAUACCAAACUGCCAUGAAAACUUCACCAUCGAGCAUGAAUUCUGUUAUGAAUCCGCAUCAUCAUCAUCCGCAUCAGCACCAUCAUCAUCAUCAAGACGGAGAUUCUGAUUCCUCACACUCUUCGCAUUCAUCCUCAGAAGGUCCUCAUUUGAGCAGUGAUGAAUCUGAAUUGCCUUCCUCUACUGCUUCAUCGAAUGCAUUAAUGAUGGUGGACAUGUCGACCAUAAGACUUCCCUUAUUCAGAAGAAGAAAGCAAUCCAAGGCAUCGACCGUCUCUAAAUCCUCCUCCUCCUCCUCUGGUAUUUCUUCAAACUUGUUAUCUCAUUCCACCUAUGAAGUGAGUCAUCAUCAUCCACAUGGCAACCCUCCAGAACCAACUCUCAGCUUUAACAACCAACAUUUUGUAACCUCGAAUUUCACAUUCAAAUGUGUUCAAGGCUUUAUUCUAAAUGACUCUAAGAAAGCACCACCUGACACUGAUUACAAUUUGACCAUUAGAGAUUCCCUUUUCAUUGAAUCUCCACAUUUUUCGAAAUGUGUUUGUGUGUUAAAGUUGAAGGAUGGAUCAUCGAGUGGUGUGACUGUUUCUAAGGAAGUGUUCAAACCAAAUAAUUCGAAUAACUCCACCACCUUUGAAUGUACCAUCAUCAUUCCACAACGAAUUACAAGCAUGAAGGGAAGCUCCUCCUCUCGAAUUGGUUAUAUUGAAAUUUUGAAUCCAAACGAUGAAUGUAUUGCUGUUUCCAGUUCAUUUUGGAUUCGAUCCAGAAGUAGACUUCAACUCGACAAGGACUCGAAGAGAAAGCAAGAACCUGUUCAAGUAGCAUCAACGGAUUUGAAGAGAAAGAGAGAACAUGAAGAAGAUCAUGACUCGAGUGACAUGGCCGUGACGCAUGAACCAAAGAUCAAGUCGGUGAAGGUUGAAUCGAGUAUGAUAGACUCAGAACAUGUCAAGCAAAACUUGGUCGUUGUGGCCUCUGAGCCACAUCAAACGUUUGAAAACUCAUCGAUGAGUAACACUUUGCCACCCAUUUCGAAUUUGUAUUCCUCAGUGACAUUGGAAUCUCUUUUUGCUGAAAUUCAACAGUUGAAGCAACACAUUUAUUAUCAACACCAGCAAAUUGAUUAUCUGCAUCAAAGGUUGGGAAAUCAAUCCUCGUCGUCGUUGAAUAAACAAUAA